AUGCGUCCUGAGAUUGAGCAGGAGCUGGCACACACCUUGUUGGUGGAGCUGCUCGCCUACCAAUUCGCCUCCCCCGUCCGAUGGAUUGAAACCCAAGAUGUCGUCCUCGCCGAACAGCGCACUGAGCGCAUUGUUGAGAUUGGUCCCGCAGAUACCCUCGGUGGAAUGGCCCGCCGCACACUCGCCUCCAAGUAUGAGGCUUACGAUGCCGCGACCUCCGUGCAACGUCAAAUCCUCUGUUACAACAAGGACGCCAAGGAGAUCUACUACGAUGUCGAUCCCGUAGAGGACGAACCCGAGCCCACUCCCGCUGCGGAUGCCGCCCCUGCUUCCGGUGGUUCAGCUCCCGCCGCUGCUCCAGUUGCAGCUGCAGCUGCAGCUCCCAGUGCCGGUCCCGCCGCCGCUGUCGAAGAUGCUCCCGUCACUGCCGUCGACAUUCUGCGAUCUCUCGUGGCUCAGAAGCUGAAGAAGGGUCUGGCCGAUGUGCCAUUGACAAAAGCUAUUAAAGAUCUCGUUGGAGGUAAAUCUACAUUACAAAAUGAAAUCCUGGGUGAUCUGGGCAAGGAAUUCGGCUCAACUCCCGAGAAGCCCGAGGACACUCCCCUCGAUGAGCUUGGUGCCGCCAUGCAGGCCACUUUCAACGGCCAAUUGGGCAAGCAAUCCUCCUCCCUCAUUGCCCGAACCGUCUCCUCAAAGAUGCCCGGUGGCUUCAAUAUCACAGCUGUGCGCAAAUACUUGGAAACCCGCUGGGGUCUGGGCACUGGUCGUCAGGACGGUGUCCUCCUGCUUGCCAUUACAAUGGAGCCGGCCUCCCGUCUUGGCUCAGAGGCCGAUGCCAAGGCCUUCCUCGACGAUGUCACCAACAAAUACGCCGCCAGCGCUGGUAUCAACCUGUCCACUCCUGCUGCCGGUGCUGACGCCGGUGGUGGUGGCGGCGGUAUGAUGAUGGACCCCGCUGCCAUUGAUGCUCUGACCAAGGAUCAACGGGCUCUGUUCAAGCAGCAGCUCGAGGUGAUCGCCCGUUACUUGAAGAUGGACCUGCGUGCCGGUGACAAGGCUUUCAUUACCUCUCAAGAAACCCAGAAGGCUCUGCAAUCACAAAUCGACCUGUGGCAGGCCGAGCACGGUGAUUUCUACGCCUCCGGCAUUGAGCCCUCCUUCAAUCCCCUCAAGGCUCGUGUCUACGACUCCUCUUGGAACUGGGCUCGUCAGGACGCCCUGAGCAUGUACUACGAUAUCAUUUUCGGUCGCCUCCAAGUGGUGGAUCGUGAAAUUGUCAGCCGUUGCAUUGGCAUCAUGAACCGCUCCAACCCUCUUCUCCUCGACUUUAUGCAGUACCACAUUGACAACUGCCCCACCGAGCGCGGCGAGACCUACCAAUUGGCCAAGGAGCUGGGCCAGCAACUCAUCGAGAACUGCAAGGAGGAUGUCAAUGUCCCUACCGGCCCCGAGACGACCAUCGACUCCAAGGGUACCAUCGGCUACAAGGAGGUGUCCCGGUCCAGUGCCCGUAAGCUGGAGCACUACGUCAAGCAGAUGGCUGACGGUGGUCCCAUCUCCGAGUACAGCAACCGCAACAAGGUGCAGAAUGACCUGAAGAGCGUUUACAAGCUCAUCCGCAAGCAACAUCAUCUCUCCAAGUCUUCCCAACUCCAGUUCGAUGCGCUGUACAAGGACGUCCUGCACGCUUUGAACAUGAACGAGAGCCAGAUCAUGCCCCAGGAGGGUGGCAACAAGUCGGGCAUCAAGCGUCCUCUCAACCCCGGCAAGGUCGAGACCAUUCCCUUCCUACACCUGAAGAAGAAGAGCGGAGACAGCUGGGACUACAGCAAGAAGCUUACCGGUAUCUACCUGAACGUUCUCGAGUCCGCCGCCUCUGGAGGUCUCACCUUCCAGGGCAAGAAUGUCCUCAUGACUGGCGCUGGUGCUGGUUCCAUUGGUGCUGAGGUCCUGCAGGGUCUCAUCAGUGGUGGCGCCAAGGUUAUCGUUACCACCAGCCGAUUCUCUCGUGAGGUGACCGAGUACUACCAGGCCAUGUACGCCCGUUACGGUGGCCGCGGCUCCCAGCUUGUUGUUGUGCCCUUCAACCAGGGUAGCAAGCAGGAUGUCGAGGCCCUUGUCGACUACAUCUACGACACCAAGAAGGGUCUCGGCUGGGAUCUCGACUUUGUUGUUCCCUUCGCUGCCAUCCCCGAGAACGGACGCGAGAUUGACAACAUCGAUUCCAAGUCUGAGCUGGCUCACCGUAUCAUGUUGACCAACCUGCUCCGCAUGCUGGGUUCCGUCAAGACCCAGAAGCAGGCUCACGGCUUCGAGACUCGUCCCGCCCAGGUCGUCCUGCCUCUGUCCCCCAACCACGGUACCUUUGGUAACGAUGGUCUAUACUCCGAGUCCAAGCUGGCUCUGGAGACCCUGUUCAACCGUUGGUACUCGGAGAACUGGGGCAACUACCUCACCAUUUGCGGUGCGGUCAUUGGCUGGACCCGUGGUACUGGUCUGAUGAGUGGUAACAACAUGGUUGCCGAGGGUGUUGAGAAGCUUGGUGUCCGCACCUUCUCUCAGCAGGAGAUGGCGUUCAACCUUCUGGGUCUGAUGUCCCCUGCCGUUGUCAACCUCUGCCAGCUCGACCCCGUUUGGGCCGACCUGAACGGUGGUCUGCAGUUCAUCCCCGACCUCAAGGGAUUGAUGACCAAGCUGCGCACCGACAUCAUGGAGACCAGCGAUGUCCGCCAGGCUGUCAUCAAGGAGACCGCCAUCGAGCACAAGGUUGUCAACGGCGAGGACAGCGGCGUUCUGUACAAGAAGGUCGUUGCCGAGCCCCGUGCCAACAUCAAGUUCGAGUUCCCCAAGCUUCCCGACUGGGAGGAGAUCAAGCCCAUCAACGAGUCUCUCAAGGGUAUGGUCAACUUGGACAAGGUUGUUGUCGUCACUGGUUUCUCCGAGGUCGGUCCUUGGGGUAACUCCCGUACCCGUUGGGAGAUGGAGUCCAGCGGCAAGUUCUCCCUGGAGGGCUGCGUUGAGAUGGCCUGGAUCAUGGGUCUGAUCAAGCACCAUAACGGUCCCCUCAAGGGCAAGGCCUACUCCGGCUGGGUUGACGCCAAGACCGGUGAUCCCGUCGACGACAAGGAUGUCAAGCCCAAGUACGAGAAGUACAUUCUCGAGCACACCGGUAUUCGUCUGAUCGAGCCCGAGCUGUUCAAGGGUUACGACCCCAAGAAGAAGCAACUGCUGCAGGAGAUCGUCAUCCAGGAGGACCUCGAGCCCUUCGAGGCCUCCAAGGAGACUGCCGAGGAGUUCAAGCGUGAGCACGGCGACAAGGUCGAGAUCUUCGAGAUCCCCGACUCUGGCGAAUUCACUGUCCGUCUUCGCAAGGGCGCCAACCUGCUCAUCCCCAAGGCUCUGCAGUUCGACCGCCUGGUCGCUGGCCAGGUCCCCACCGGCUGGGAUGCUAGCCGCUACGGUAUCCCCGAUGAUAUCAUCGAGCAGGUCGACCCCGUCACCCUGUUCGUCCUGGUGUGUACCGCCGAGUCCAUGCUGUCCGCUGGUAUCACCGACCCGUACGAGUUCUACAAGUACGUCCACCUGUCUGAGGUUGGUAACUGCAUUGGUUCCGGUAUCGGUGGUACCCACGCUCUGCGCGGUAUGUACAAGGAUCGUUACCUGGACAAGCCUCUGCAGAAGGAUAUCCUGCAGGAGUCUUUCAUCAACACGAUGAGCGCCUGGGUGAACAUGCUGCUGCUGUCUUCCACCGGUCCCAUCAAGACCCCCGUCGGUGCCUGCGCCACUGCUGUCGAGUCCGUUGACAUUGGUUACGAAACCAUCGUCGAGGGCAAGGCUCGUGUCUGCUUCGUUGGUGGUUUCGAUGACUUCCAAGAGGAGGGCUCUUACGAGUUCGCCAACAUGAAGGCUACCAGCAAUGCCGAGGAUGAGUUCGCUCACGGCCGUACUCCCCAGGAGAUGUCGCGUCCUACCACCACCACUCGUGCCGGCUUCAUGGAGUCCCAGGGUUGCGGUAUGCAACUGAUCAUGACCGCCCAGCUCGCUCUGGACAUGGGUGUCCCCAUCCACGGUAUCAUUGCCCUGACCACCACCGCCACUGACAAGAUUGGCCGCUCCGUCCCCGCUCCCGGCCAGGGUGUCCUCACCACUGCCCGUGAGAACCCCGGCAAGUUCCCUUCGCCUCUGCUGGACAUCAAGUACCGUCGUCGCCAGAUGGAUCUGCGCAAGAAGCAGAUCAAGGAAUGGCAGGAGUCUGAAUUGCUCUACCUCCGCGAGGAGGCCGAGGCCAUGAAGGCCCAGGGCGACGAGACCUUCAACGAGUCCGAGUACCUGCAAGAGCGCGCCCAGCACAUCGAGCGCGAAGCCAUCCGCCAAGAGAAGGACGCUCAGUUCAGCCUGGGCAACAACUUCUGGAAGCAGGAUUCGCGCAUCGCUCCUCUCCGCGGUGCCCUUGCUACCUGGGGUCUGACCGUCGACGACAUUGACGUUGCCUCCUUCCACGGUACAUCCACCGUCGCCAACGACAAGAACGAGUCCGACGUCAUCUGCCAACAACUCAAGCACCUCGGCCGCAAGAAGGGUAACGCCGUCAUGGGUAUCUUCCAGAAGUACCUCACCGGUCACCCCAAGGGUGCAGCCGGAGCCUGGAUGUUCAACGGCUGUCUCCAAGUCCUGGAAUCCGGUCUCGUCCCCGGUAACCGCAACGCCGACAACGUGGACAAAGUGAUGGAGAAAUUCGACUACAUCGUCUAUCCCAGCCGCAGCAUCCAAACCGACGGCGUCAAGGCGUUCAGCGUGACUUCCUUCGGUUUCGGUCAAAAGGGCGCCCAGGUCAUCGGUAUCCACCCCAAGUACCUGUACGCCACUCUCGACGCAGCCCAAUACGCAUCCUACAAGUCCAAGGUCGAAGCCCGUCAAAAGAAGGCCUACCGCUACUUCCACAACGGCCUGAUCAACAACUCCAUCUUCGUCGCCAACAAGAUCUUCCUCAACCCAGACUACCGCGUCAGCGUCGACAAGAAGACUUCCGAACUGAAGUACGCAACCACAGCCCCCAAGACCGAAGAAAGUGCCCAAACCGCCCAAAUGGUCGAAUCCCUAGCCAAAGCCCACGCAACCGAGAAUUCCAAAGUCGGCGUCGACGUUGAGAACAUCGACGCGGUGAACAUCGACAAUGAGACUUUCGUUGAGCGAAACUUCACCCCAACCGAACAAGCGUACUGUCGCAAGGCCGCGUCUCCUCAGUCCUCGUUCGCUGGUCGCUGGAGCGCUAAGGAGGCUGUUUUCAAGUCCCUUGGUGUUUCUAGCCAGGGUGCUGGUGCUGCGUUGAAGGAUAUUGAGAUUGGAGUUGAUGCUACCGGUGCACCGGUUGUUGAACUUCAUGGUCAGGCUGCUGCUGCUGCUAAGGCUGCUGGUGUCAAGUCGAUUAAUGUUAGUAUCAGCCACAGUGAUUCGCAGGCUGUUGCUGUUGCUGUUUCGCAGUUUUAG